AUGGGUAUUCCAUUUCCUGAUAUAGAUCCUUAUGAAAUAUUGGGAGUUGAUAAAAACGCUAGUCCUGUCGAUAUUAAAAAGACAUACAAGAAACUUUGUCUUAAAUAUCAUCCUGAUAAAAUCCAACAAUCAAAAACCAAUCAAGAUGAUACUACAUCUGAAGACUUAUUCACAAAAAUACAAUUUUCAUUUAGUAUAUUGAAUGAUCCGAUUAGAAGAACAAGAUAUGAUAAUACUGGAUCAUUAGCAGAAGAUGAUGGAGAGGAUGGAGAUGAAGGAUUUGAUUGGAAGGAUUAUUUUGAAUCAAUAAAUGAAAAAAUUACUAUUGAAAUGAUUGAAGAAGAUAAAUUAAAAUAUCAAAAUUCAGAAGAAGAAAAACUUGAUAUAUUAAAUAAUUUCAUUUAUUAUGAAGGUGAUUUCUUAAAAUUAUUUGAAUUAAUUCCUCAUUUAGAAUUUACUGAAUUAGAAGAGCAAAGAGUUUAUAAUAUUAUUAAUGAUGAAUUGGAUAAAUUAGUAGUUAGUGAUGGUAUACGAAAAUCAUGGGAGAAAUAUACCAAAUCAAGAAAAACCAAAGUUAAACAAAUGUUAAAGAAACUAGCUAAAGAAGCUAAACAAGCAGAAGAACUAUCUAGAAUGAUUAAAAUGAAUAAAGACAAAGAUUUAGGUAGUCUAAUCAAAAGUCGUCAAGCUAAUAGGUUAGAUGAUUUAAUAAGUAAUUUAGAAAAUAAAUAUGGGGACAAGAAAGGUAAAAAGAGGUCACAUAAAGAUAUAGAUGAUGAAAAAUUUGAAAAAUUUCAAAACGAAAUAUUAAAGAAGAAGAAGUAA